AUGGCGACCACUGAUCCCAGCCUCUCAGAUCCUCUCCUCGCUCUGCGCCGUGCGCUCACGUUCGGGACCCCUCCUACGCUGACGACUUCCGCAGACCUCUCUACCGAGAAUGUCACCGAAGACCUGAUCGAAGCCACUCAUCUCUACGUCACGCAGCCCAUCCCCCAAGCGCUCUCGCUCUCGACACCCACGCGCUUCGUCUCCGCGGCCGCGCACCAGCACGCCAUCGACCUGCGCAGCAUCUACUUCGCGUGGCUGAAGAAAGACGUCGCGAUCCCGGAGUACAUCUCGUCGGCGCAGGAGCUGAACGAUGCGCUGAAGAAGAAGCAGGAGGAGAGCGGGCUGGCGGAGACGCUGAAGAUCGAGAACCUGGUCUUUGUCGAGCGCCUGGACCUGAUCACCUGGCUGGAGGGCGCGUCGGAGGAGAGCGAGUACAUUAAGCCCUUGGAAGGUGUGGGCGUCGCGGGCGCGCAGCCGGCGGCUGGCGCCGCCGCUGGUGGUGGUGCUGUCGCCGGCGGCUCUGCGGCCCCAGCGGCAAAGGCACAGGCCGCAGCGCACGCGGGCGGACGGCCGGUGAAGGUUAUCGAUGCGAGGUUACAGCAAAUUUAUAAUGGGGAGCGCAAGUUGGGAGACCGGAACUCGGUGCUGAGAGGAAUUCGGCCGACGGAUUUCUCCCACGUUCGGAAAACUGCAGAGAAAUUCCUUGGACGUGGUCGAGCAGGCGCUGCCCCGUAUACGUCCGGCGGCGCAAAGCCAGGCGCCAAAUCAGCCAUUCCCACUCCUGUUCGCGGCCUGAUUCCCAAGAAAUCUAUGGAUCCAAGCUCGUCACGCAGACCAAAUCCCAUCAUCCUUGUUUCCCCCUCCGCUUCCUCUCUCCUUCGCAUGUCGAACAUCAAAGCCUUCCUUGAAGAAGGUACUUACAUCCCACCAGAUCAUCCAACUCUCUCCAGAUCCACCGGUGCCAACCGUCUUAAAAUUUCCCGCGCUCUACAUUCCGUCCACGACUCGUCAUCCGCCGGUGGACACAAACCUUCUACAUCUCGCAGUGGGACGGUCUUCAUUCUCGUCGACAGCACUGCGGACUUCAAGCCGGAGUACUGGAAUAACGUCGUUGCCGUGUUUACCACGGGUCAGACCUGGCAAUUCAAGUCGUACAAGUGGUCUUCUCCCCCAGACCUGUUCAAGCAUGCAACUGGUGUGUAUGUUGGGUGGAGAGGAGAGGAUGUUCCUCGAGAUGUGAAGGGAUGGGGACGGGGCGUGCGGACAUUUGCGCUGGAGCGGUGGGAUGAGAAAAGUUCUGGUCCUAAUGCGAUUGGUGGCCGGACGAGAUGGAGGGACCGGGAGGUCGUGGAAGGGAUAUGGGGCGCGAUUGAGGAAGGGAUGAGGGCUAGAGGUUGGGGAUCGAAGUGA